AUGGCCCCUGAGCCAGCCCCAGGGAGGACGAUGGUGCCCCUCGUCCCUGCACUUGUGAUGCUUGGUUUGGUGGCAGGUGCCCAUGGCGACAGCAAACCUGUCUUCGUCAAGGUCCCCGAGGACCAGACUGGAUUGUCAGGAGGGGUGGCCUCCUUCGUGUGCCAAGCCACGGGGGAACCCAAGCCGCGCAUCACAUGGAUGAAGAAGGGGAAGAAAGUCAGCUCCCAGCGCUUCGAGGUCGUUGAGUUUGACGACGGGGCAGGAUCUGUGCUGCGGAUCCAACCACUGCGGGUACAGCGAGACGAAGCCAUCUAUGAGUGCACGGCCACCAACAGUCUGGGAGAGAUCAACACUAGUGCCAAGCUCUCAGUGCUCGAAGAGGGACAGCUGCCCUUUGGGUUCCCCUCCAUCGACAUGGGGCCUCAGCUGAAGGUGGUAGAGAAGGCCCGCACGGCCACCAUGCUGUGCGCAGCAGGUGGGAAUCCAGACCCUGAGAUCUCUUGGUUCAAGGAUUUCCUCCCUGUGGACCCCGCCGCAAGCAACGGCCGCAUCAAGCAACUGCGUUCAGGUGCCUUGCAGAUUGAGAGCAGCGAGGAGUCGGACCAAGGCAAGUACGAGUGUGUGGCAACCAACUCCGCAGGCACUCGGUACUCGGCCCCUGCCAACCUAUACGUGCGAGGUAAGGACUCAGUGCGCCGCGUGGCUCCGCGUUUCUCCAUCCCUCCCAGCAGCCAGGAGGUGAUGCCAGGCGGCAGCGUGAACCUGACAUGUGUCGCCGUCGGCGCACCCAUGCCCUACGUGAAGUGGAUGAUGGGGGCCGAAGAGCUCACCAAGGAGGACGAGAUGCCAGUCGGCCGCAACGUGCUGGAGCUCAGCAACGUGGUGCGCUCCGCCAACUACACCUGCGUGGCCAUCUCCUCCCUGGGCAUGAUCGAGGCCACGGCCCAGGUCACCGUAAAAGCCCUGCCGAAGCCUCCGAUUGAUGUUGUGGUGACAGAGACGACUGCCACCAGCGUCACUCUGACCUGGGACUCUGGGAACUCGGAGCCUGUGUCCUACUACGGCAUCCAGUACCGCCCAGCGGGCGCGGAGGGCCCCUUCCAGGAGGUGGACGGCGUGGCCACCACCCGCUACAGCAUCGGCGGCCUGAGCCCUUUCUCAGAGUACGCCUUCCGCGUGCUGGCGGUGAACAGCAUCGGGCGCGGGCCGCCCAGCGAGGCGGUGCGGGCGCGCACGGGGGAGCAGGCGCCCUCCAGCCCCCCACGCCGUGUGCAGGCGCGCAUGCUGAGCGCCAGCACCAUGCUAGUGCAGUGGGAGCCGCCCGAGGAGCCCAACGGCCUGGUGCGGGGCUACCGCGUCUACUACACCCCCGACUCCCGCCGCCCUCUGAGCGCCUGGCACAAGCACAACACGGACGCCGGGCUUCUCACCACCGUGGGCAGCCUGCUGCCCGGCAUCACCUACAGCCUGCGCGUGCUGGCCUUCACCGCCGUGGGCGACGGCCCCCCCAGCACCACCAUCCAGGUCAAGACGCAGCAGGGAGUGCCUGCCCAGCCUGCGGACUUCCAGGCCGAGGCGGACUCAGACACCAGGAUCCAGCUCUCGUGGCUGCUGCCCCCCCAGGAGCGGAUCAUCAAGUAUGAGCUGGUGUAUUGGGCGGCGGAGGACGAGGGCCAGCAGCACAAAGUGACCUUCGACCCCACGUCCUCCUACACCGUGGAGGACCUGAAGCCCGACACGCUGUACCGCUUCCAGCUGGCCGCCCGCUCCGAGCUGGGGGUGGGCGUCUUCACCCCCACCAUCGAGGCUCGCACGGCACAGUCCACCCCCUCCGCACCCCCCCAGAAGGUGACGUGUGUGAGCGUGGGCUCCACCACCGUCCGGGUAAGUUGGGUCCCGCCGCCGGCUGACAGCCGCAACGGCGUCAUCACCCAGUAUUCGGUGGCCUACGAGGCGGUGGACGGCGAGGACCGCGGGCGGCACGUGGUGGACGGCAUCGGCCGCGAGCACUCCAGCUGGGACCUGGUGGGCCUGGAGAAGUGGACGGAGUACCGGGUGUGGGUGCGGGCGCACACGGACGUGGGCCCCGGCCCUGAGAGCAGCCCGGUGCUGGUUCGCACCGACGAGGACGUGCCCAGCGGGCCACCGCGGAAGGUGGAGGUGGAGCCGCUCAACUCCACUGCAGUGCGCGUCUCCUGGAAGCUGCCCGUCCCCAGCAAGCAGCACGGCCAGAUCCGUGGCUACCAGGUCACCUACGUGCGGCUGGAGAAUGGCGAGCCCCGCGGCUCCCCCAUCAUCCAGGACGUCAUGCUGGCCGAGGCCCAGUGGCAGCCAGAGGAGUCCGAGGACUAUGAAACCACCAUCAGCGGCCUGACCCCGGAGACCACCUACUCCAUCACUGUGGCUGCCUACACCACCAAGGGGGAUGGUGCCCGCAGCAAGCCCAAAAUUGUCACGACGACGGGGGCAGUCCCAGGCCGGCCCACCAUGAUGGUCAGCACCACGGCCAUGAACACGGCGCUGCUCCAGUGGCACCCGCCCAAGGAGCUGCCUGGGGAGCUGCUGGGCUACCGGCUGCAGUACCGCCGAGCCGACGAGGCGCGGCCCAACACCAUCGAUUUUGGCAAGGACGACCAGCACUUUACAGUCACUGGCCUGCACAAAGGGGCCACCUACAUCUUCCGGCUCGCUGCCAAGAACCGGGCCGGCCUGGGCGACGAGUUCGAGAAGGAAAUCACGACCCCCGAGGACGUGCCCAGCGGUUUCCCCCAAAACCUGCGCGUGAUAGGGCUGACCAUGUCUACCACGGAACUGAUCUGGGACCCCCCGGUGCUGGCGGAGAGGAACGGGCGCAUCACCAACUACACUGUGGUGUACCGUGACAUCAACAGCCAGCAGGAGCUUCAGAACGUCACUGCCGAGACCCACCUGACGCUCUCCGGCCUCAAGCCAGACACCACUUACGACAUCAAGGUCCGCGCACGCACCAGCAAAGGCGCUGGCCCGCUCAGCCCCAGCAUCCAGUCCCGGACCAUGCCCGUGGAGCAAGUGUUUGCCAAGAACUUCCGUGUGGAGGCUGCAAUGAAGACAUCCGUGCUGCUCAGCUGGGAGGUGCCCGACUCCUACAAGUCAGCAGUACCCUUCAGGAUCCUGUACAACGGGCAGAGCGUGGAGGUGGACGGGCACUCCAUGCGGAAGCUGAUCGCAGACCUGCAGCCCAACACCGAAUACUCGUUUGUGCUGAUGAACCGCGGCAGCAGCGCAGGGGGCCUGCAGCACCUCGUGUCCAUCCGCACGGCCCCCGACCUCCUGCCACACAAGCCCCUGCUGGCCUCAGCCUACAUCGAGGACGGCUGCUUCACCCUCACCAUGCCCCAUGUGCAGGAACCGGCACUGGUCAGGUGGUUCUACAUCAUGGUGGUGCCCAUCGACCGCAUGGGAGGGAGCAUGCUGGCGCCACGGUGGAGCACGCCUGAGGAGCUGGAGCUGGACGAGCUGCUGGAGGCCAUCGAGCAGGGCAGUGCGGAGCGGCGCCGGCGGCAGGCGGAGCGGCGCCGGCGGCAGACAGAGCGGCUGAAGCCAUACGUGGCCGCUCAGGUGGACGUUCUCCCGGAGACCUUCACCCUGGGGGACAAGAAGAACUACGAGGGCUUCUACAACCGGCCGCUGUCUCCAGGCCUGAGCUACCAGUGCUUUGUGCUCGCCUCCCUCAAGGAACCCAAGCGCUAUGCCUGCAGCCCCUACUCUGACGAGAUCGUGAUCCAGGUGACACCAGCCCAGCAGCAGGAGGAACCCGAGCUGCUGUGGGUGACGGGUCCUGUCCUGGCAGUCAUCCUCAUCGUCCUCAUCGUCAUUGCCAUCCUCCUGUUCAAGAGGAAAAGGACCCAGUCCCCAUCAUCCAAGGAUGAGCAGUCAAUUGGGCUGAAGGACUCCUUGCUGGCCCACUCCUCCGACCCCGUGGAGAUGCGGCGGCUCAACUACCAGACCCCAGGUAUGCGAGACCACCCGCCCAUCCCCAUCACCGACCUGGCUGACAACAUCGAGCGCCUCAAAGCCAAUGAUGGCCUCAAGUUCUCCCAGGAGUACGAGUCGAUUGACCCGGGACAGCAGUUCACGUGGGAGAAUUCAAACCUGGAGGUGAACAAGCCGAAGAACCGCUACGCCAACGUCAUUGCCUAUGACCACUCUCGAGUCAUCCUUACCUCCAUUGACGGUGUCCCCGGGAGUGACUACAUCAACGCCAACUACAUCGAUGGCUACCGCAAGCAGAACGCCUAUAUUGCCACGCAGGGCCCGCUGCCUGAGACCAUGGGCGAUUUCUGGCGGAUGGUGUGGGAGCAACGCACAGCCACUGUGGUCAUGAUGACGCGGCUGGAGGAGAAGUCCCGGGUGAAAUGUGAUCAGUACUGGCCAGCUCGUGGCACCGAGACUUACGGCCUCAUCCAGGUGACCCUGCUGGACACGGUGGAGCUGGCCACCUACACUGUGCGCACCUUCGCGCUCCACAAGAGUGGCUCCAGUGAGAAGCGGGAGCUGCGUCAGUUCCAGUUCAUGGCCUGGCCAGACCACGGAGUCCCCGAGUACCCGACCCCUAUCCUGGCCUUCCUGCGGCGGGUCAAGGCCUGCAACCCCCUGGACGCAGGGCCCAUGGUGGUGCACUGCAGCGCGGGCGUGGGCCGCACGGGCUGCUUCAUCGUCAUCGACGCCAUGCUGGAGCGGAUGAAGCAUGAGAAGACGGUGGACAUCUACGGCCACGUGACGUGCAUGCGGGCGCAGCGCAACUACAUGGUGCAGACUGAGGACCAGUAUGUGUUCAUCCAUGAGGCACUGCUGGAGGCUGCCACAUGUGGACACACGGAGGUGCCCGCCCGCAGCCUCUACGCCCACAUCCAGAAGCUGGGCCAAGUGCCUCCCGGGGAGAGUGUGACUGCCAUGGAGCUGGAGUUCAAGUUGCUAGCCAACUCCAAGGCCCACACAUCUCGCUUCAUCAGCGCCAACCUGCCCUGCAACAAGUUCAAGAACCGCCUGGUGAACAUCAUGCCCUACGAACUGACCCGUGUGUGUCUGCAGCCCAUCCGCGGCGUGGAGGGCUCCGACUACAUCAACGCCAGCUUCCUGGAUGGCUAUAGACAGCAGAAGGCCUACAUAGCCACGCAGGGGCCUCUGGCGGAGAGCACGGAGGACUUCUGGCGCAUGUUGUGGGAGCACAACUCCACCAUCAUUGUCAUGCUGACCAGGCUUCGGGAGAUGGGCAGGGAGAAAUGCCACCAGUACUGGCCUGCAGAGCGCUCUGCCCGCUACCAGUACUUUGUCGUCGACCCGAUGGCCGAGUAUAACAUGCCCCAGUAUAUCCUGCGUGAGUUCAAGGUCACGGACGCCCGGGAUGGGCAAUCGAGGACGAUCCGGCAGUUCCAGUUCACGGACUGGCCGGAGCAGGGCGUGCCUAAAACGGGCGAGGGCUUCAUCGACUUCAUCGGGCAGGUGCACAAGACCAAGGAGCAGUUCGGGCAGGACGGGCCCAUCACAGUGCACUGCAGUGCUGGCGUGGGCCGCACCGGGGUGUUCAUCACACUGAGCAUCGUCCUGGAGCGGAUGCGCUACGAAGGCGUGGUUGACAUGUUCCAGACCGUGAAGACCCUGCGCACACAGCGCCCAGCCAUGGUGCAGACGGAGGACCAGUACCAGCUGUGCUACCGCGCGGCCCUGGAGUACCUCGGCAGCUUUGACCACUAUGCAACGUAA